AUGUCAAGUUCAUCAACUCAAGAUUCUUCUAACCCAUCAAUCAGUUCAAGACCACCAAUAUGGGCACAACGAUUACUUUCUACUCGAGAACAGGAUACCACAACAGCCUAUGAGGUAACCUUUACAAUUAAAAGGAGCUCGCGAACGGCUAUGGGUGGAAUGGUCAUUUGGGCGGAUCAUUAUUUACUUCGACAUGAACGGUUUGUUCGAAAGACAGAUGAUUUAAUGCGUAGACAAGCUCGAGAAGAUUUAGGUAAAAGAGGAAUUAUAGCUACUGAAACUGAGUUAAAGAAAUGGAAGAAAGAUCAACUUGAAUCACUUGGUGUUCUCCAAUGUUUAACGAAAUUAUUAAAUGAUCCUGAUUUUGAAAUAUUUCUUUUACAAAAAUAUAAUCAACCAAGGAUUAUUCUUGAACACCACAAUGGUUGA